UUCAAAUAUUUAUCAAAAUAUUGCUUCUGUAUCCCAUAUUUUUUUUGUAUACGUUUAUUUAUUCUAUAGGAGUAUUUUUAUGAGGGAAUUUUUGUCUUUUUAUUAUUAUUAUUUUGGUAAACAUUUUUGUAAAAAAAUUUUAAUUCAGUAGUUGUUUAUUAUGCAUUUAUGUGGAUUUUUGUGAGGGCUUUUCAGUCAUUUUAUGUGUUUUUUUUAUUAUUUUUAUUAUUAUUUUUUUUGAAAUUUUUUUUUGUAAGGAAAUCAAUUCCCAGUAUGCAUGCAGGUACUUGAGUACAUAUGCUCUAUCAUGUUUUUAUCUGCAUCAUGUUUUCUCAAUUUUAUUAGUAUAUUUUAUUUUAUUCAGCAUCACGUUUUCUUCAGUGGUGAUAUUUUUUCUUAGUUUUCGUUCUGUUUUAGGGUUUAUUUGAGUAUUUUGUUGUCGAUUUUGUGCCCUUUGUGCGUGUCUUCGUCUCGGUGAGUACCUGAUUUCAGGUAUGUAUUUUUCCGUUUGCUUCAGUAUCACGUUUUUUAUAUAUCGUUUGGUUCGAAUUUUUUCUUUCCUUCAGCAUUUGGUUUUUUGUGUUGAUUUCUUCUUUUUUUUCUUUUUCUUAGGAUUUUUAUAAGUUUCUCGUUGUGGAUUUGUGCCUCUUUGUGAUGUUUUCGUAUCGUGCAUUGUAUAUUUUAAUUUUCGAAGUUCUGUCAUGGAUCACUCUGGAGAAACCGGUGGUGUUUCUGGUUCUGAGAAGAAAAUUUCUGGUAUAGUAGAGGAUGAAUCGAAGAAUGUAGGGGAUGAUAUUGGUGAGAUUCUUCCUCGAAGGAGUAACAUUACACAUUUGAAGUCUGUUGCAAGGAAGAAGAGUAAAUCCCCUUCCUCUGUUGCAAGGAAGACAAGUAAAUCGCCUUCCACUGUUAAACAGACGAAGGAUUCGUGUGCAUCUGGUAGUAAGGAUGUUGGAGAUGAUUCUCAUGAGACUAAACAUGUUGUGGCUCAUUUAAAGAUAAACCCCUCCAAGAGGUUUGGUAGUAAGGUUCAACAUUUUAAUGACAAGAGUGUCAUUACUAACUUGAAAUCUAAGUUGACGAAAAGUCAGAAAUCAUUGUUUAAGAAGACCCCAUUUGGGCACUUUUUAGAAGUAUGUGAUAUUCAUUUUCAAACUCAACUUGCCCAGCUUGUGUUAUUGAGAGAGGUCUCUCAUGAGAGGGAGGAAGAGGAAAUGUGGUUUAAGCUUGGUCGUAGAGUGUGUAGGUUUUCUAUUGAAGAGUUUGCUCUAGUUACGGGUCUUAGAUGUGAUGGUGAUUUUGAUUUAAGUCGUUUUCAAAAAAAGAAAGUUUUGUUUAAGAAAAAAAUAUUUGGCCGUUUUGUUGGUAAGGUGUCAAAGUCUGAAUUACGAAAUGCUUUUAUUAGUAAGGAUCUAGUUGAUGAUGAGGAUGUUGUCAAAUUGGGUAUAGUUCAUAUCCUAGUUAACUUUUUGUACGGCUAUACUAGUGAUAAGUUGGUUGAUGAUUUCUUUUUUGAGAUGGUUGAUCGAGAUUUUUCUGAAUUAGCAAAUAUUAGUUUUGGCAAGUUUGUAUGGGAUAGGAGUUUUCAUUAUUUGAAAACUGCUUUGAAGGGUGGGAAUAAAAUCUUUGAUGGACUGUUCGUUGAUGGGAAGGUUGGCCUUCACCCUUACAAAUUUCUUGGGUUUCCCAUUGCUUUUCUUGUAUGGAUAUAUGAAAGUAUAGCUGAGUUGAGUCCUGAGUUUUGUUAACGGGAUGGGAAAAAAUUUCCACGUUUGUUGAAUUGGAAGAGUACAGAUAAUGCCUUAUAUGCAAACUUGGUGGGAAAGGUUUCCAACAAUCAGAAGUUGACUAUCCUGAAUGUCUAUCCGUCUUCUAAGGAGAGAAAGAAACUGGCAGUAAAGAAGUUUAAGUUUGAGCCUCUAUACUUGCCGAAGGUGUGUGCUGAAGAUGGAGACAGUAGUCCGGGUACCCAGGUUGAUAGUGAAAAGUUGAGAUUGAUUUGUGAAUCAAUCUCAUCAAUAAAUGCAUGCCAAGAAACUAUUAUUAGUGACAUUGCAGUUAUGAGAUCUGAGUUCGUGGGGAAACUCAGUGAUUUAUCUGCAAUGAUUGCAAAAUUUGUUGCAAAAAAUUCUGAAAAAGUUGCAAAUACAAGUGAUGAAAGUGCUGGUUUUAAUGAAGGGAAAAAGCCAGCUGAUUUUGAUAAUGUUUCCAGUCCUAUUUCUGAUGAUUCUAAGGAUUGUGGAAAUGAAUCAGCUGAAGAGUCUGAUGGUAGUAAGGUAACUGGUUUAUGUUUCUUAAUAGUAUGUUGUGUUUUUGUAGUUGUUUAGUGUAACCAGUUACUAUUGUAACCAGUUUCAUUAUUUCUUUUAGAGUGUCGAGAAGGAUUUAAAUGAAAAUUUUGAUGCUGUUUAUUCUGGGUUGGAGUUGUCAAAUGUUGUGGGUGGAGAUAAGGUUUUGUAAUUUAUUUUUGUUUUUGUUUCUUGUAUUAUUUUAUUUAAAAUUGAAUUUGUUGUAAUUGAUUUUAUUUUUAUUCAUUAUAGGAUUUUUCAAAGAAGCCUGAGUUCAGUUCAGUUGGUUUAAGUUUUGAAGAAGUAUAUGUGGAUCCUGAGAUUUUGAAUGUUAUUGAUAAAACUGUUAAGUAUGCAGAAGGAGAAAAGAUAUUUAGUGAGAGUAAGGAUGAUUGGAAAGUUGUGAUGGUUGGUGAUGAUAAUGAAGUUCCUGUUGCUAUUGAAAAGAGGGAGCCUAAACCUAAUACUCAUGUCAAAUCUUCUUUUGUUACUGAGUUUGGUUCUUUUGAUGUAAAAGAAACUGUGAAGAGGAAGGGAGAGGAAGUGGUGAUUGUUAGAGGAUUGCUUCCAUUUGAAAAUGAAAUUGGGCAGAAUGUUUCAAAGAAUGAUUGCCUGGAUUAUAUUUCUUGGAUUGAGGAUAAAAUGAAUUUUAAGAAUAAGUAUGUUUUUUUAUAUUUUGUUUAAUAUUAUUAUUCUUGAUAUUUAAUUGUUUGUUAAUA